GAAACCGAAGCAGGGGCACCAUGGAAAUGAGGGUUUCAUUCCGACUCUCGAUGAGAUGAAUCUUGAAGACCAAAUUGCAUUACGGCCAGAGAGAUAUGUGGCCGGUUGGGAAGAAGCCAAGGGGCUUAAGGGUCGGAAGUUGGACGAGUCGACGACUGUUCGUAUAGAAAAGUACAAGUCUUUCCUCCAAAGAAUCACAAAUUCUGUUAAUAUUCGUCAUGAAGGCGGGAAAAUCAGCAACAUAAGUUUAGUGAGGUUCUACAUGUUCAGUAAUUCAACCGUCUGGAGCAGCAAGGAAAAGGUGCAGCUAAUUGCAAACGUUUACAGACUCCAUAAAGAUGAGACCUUUGAUAUAGUUAGGGCGUUCACAGCUCAAUUUGGUAAUUGGAAGUAUGAUGACUGGCAAAAUAAAGUGGACAACCAUGUCGUUUUCAAGGCUGUGAAAAUUAUCAACAGAACAAACGCCGACUCCGCCAAGGUAGAAGUCCUCAGAAUUCCAAUUCCCGUUUAUACAACUGCAGAAAGUUGGUUAUUGUAUGUGCACAACUGUAUGAAGCACUACUGGGAACAUGCAAAGCGGUUACAAAAGAAAGAACAUGGAACAAGUCGAGUACUGGAGAAGUUGACAAAGCUGUUUCCUACGCUGAUUGAAGACAUGUAUGCGGGGUUGGCCCAGGCUCUAUAUGCUGAUAAAGUUAGACAUCCUCGGUUCAUGUCAAGGGAGAUAGUGAAAGGGGUAAUCGCGGCAUGAGAAGCAAAGACAUUUCAAGGAGUUCGAAAAAUUUAAUGAAUGGCAGUUACUUUUUGAGUAGAUUCUAGUUCUUAAGAAUUCAUGAGAAUUUUCAAGAGAAGUUUGAUAGGAGGCAGUUGGUUCUUUUUUGAGCUCUGUUUUUGGGUGUGUGUCUGUGCAGCACGUCUUUCUUUUGUCGU